AUGUCCGAUGAAGAAGGUUCUGAUCUUGUUCAAUUUACUUUUGAACAUCAUUUGAACACCCUUCCUCGAAAUACAUCUACUUUGAUUGAUCGUCUCAAGGCUUUAGAAGUUGCUCUCUAUGAAGGCCACAAAGUCGCGUUCGAUCCCAAAUCUCUUUACGAAAUAGCCCGGAUAUUAGUCAGUCCCAAACUCAUUCAACACAAAGAUGUUGGCGUUAAGGCUCACACUGCAUAUUGUAUCUGCGAUAUUCUACGACUCUGUGCCCCAGAUGCUCCAUACAACCUUGCUGAGCUCCAGAAAAUCUUUUCGCUCUUCAUUGAUCAGAUAGCCCUUAUUGACUCACCAAACGACAUCUACUACAAGGAACACUACUAUAUACUUGAACAAAUCGCUUACACAGAGAGUAUUGCGCUAAUUGUUGACUUUCAAAAUGUCGAGCCCCUUACAAUCAAAAUCUUCCGACUCUUUUACAAAAUCGCCGAAACUUUUGGCAAAACCAACUUGGAGCUUGAAUUCACUCUCACAAAGAUUUUAUCAACACUCACAGCAGAACUAGAAACUCUGCCAAGCGAAGCAGUAGACAUUGUCAUUUCUCGGUUCUUCUCCCCACCACCCAAAAGCACACUGGAAGGAAAUCAAUCAUUACCUCUUCAGUCAAUUGGAUACCAAAUGUCAAAAGCAAUCUGCACAGACCAUGUCGAUAUUAUGACGCGUCAUGCUAACCAGUACUUUGCAGACAUUUUGACUAACCUCUCUACAUUUGACGAUGACUACACCGAGUCCCACAAAGACGAUAAGAAGGACUCAAAACGCGAUAGUCUUAAAAAACAAGCUCAAGAAAGACUGCUGACGCUAGCCGAGCAAAUCUGGAUUGCUGUUCCUGAUCUUCUUUCUAGCAUCAUGGGCCAACUAGAGCAAGGCCUGUCGACCGAGGACCCUGUUUUCAGAGAACUUACCACCAAGACUAUCGGCAAUAUUAUUGGGUAUUCUCCAAGUCGUAUCGCUUUUGUCAAAAAUCAUUUUUCAACUUGGAAAGCUUGGCUUGGCCGCUCGCUCGAUAAGCUUCCAACCAUCCGUAUCGCUUGGAUCAAUGCUACCCCCUCCAUAAUCACAUCCCGUAUCGAUGUAGCCGCCGAAGUUGCAAAAGUACUUUCAGACAAGCUUACUGACCCUGACGAAAAAGUCCGCAUUGCUGCUUGUAAUGCUGUUGGAAACCUGUCAGUUGAAACCAUUGCAGCCAAACUUGACAAAUCAUUCAGUUUCGAAGAACUGUUUUCCCGGCUACGUGACAAAAAGCCUUCUGUUCGCACAGUUGCUUUCGACGUCAUCGGGAAUCUUUUUAAGGAAGCUUACCAUUACAUUGAAGAGGGUAAUACCACCUAUUUGCGCAUCUUUGGACCAAUUCCUCAAAAGAUUUUUGAACAAGCUUAUCUUAACGACAGAGAAGUGAUUGGAAUGAUUGACAUCACCUUAAAUACAUGCAUCUGCACACAAGACACCGACGAUACUAAACGCACCACAAGAUUGCUUACUAUUCUCAACAACAUGGAGGAAACAGGAAGAAAUGCUUUCAAUGCCACCAUCAAGCGGCAAUUUCAGCUUUCCAAGGCUCUCGUCACGGUGUUCGCCAUUAAGAAGGAGGCCGGCAAUAAACCACUCUCAGAAGCACAAUUAAAGAAAAUUGAGUCUUGUAUCAAAUGGAUGUCUACCACAUUUAAUGAUUCCUUAGGUGCUGAGAAUUUAAUUGUAAGCUUAUUUGAGCAAACAGAUAAAUCCGUGGGGAAAAAUCUACAAACCUGCAUAAACCCAGAGGCUGAUUAUAAAACCGUUUUUAAGGCUGUUAAUGACUUGCUUUCCAAAUUUAAAGCGCAUCACCGCCUACUAUCCAUCUUUCUUUAUCGAGUCAGCUUUUUAAUAUUAAACCGCAGCACUAUUAAUCCUGUUAUCGAAAUAUCCAAAAACUCAUCCAGCAAUCUUUCUUCCAUUGCUCAUGAGCUUCUCAAAACCAUUUCUGCGUCUCAACCUGCGCUGAUGAAGUCCCAUGUAUCAGACCUUAUUUCUAUUAUCGAGCGCACAGAAGUUGGAACUAAGGGAAGUACCGACACUCUUAAGGCCACCAACCUGCUUGCCGAUAGAUUUGCCGACAUGCUUCCUCAGACUAGCACUUUUUUCAAUUCAUUGGUUGAUUUUGCUACUACAGGGUCUCCUGAAGAAGCCACAGAAGCCAUCAAGCUCAUUACUUAUUCUGAAAAGAAGGAACUUUAUUACAACAAAGUUAUUGACGUGGUCACAGAACUCGAUCUUAAAAACAACUUACUAGCUACAUACCUUUCUGCCAUUACUGAACUUUACAGAACAAUACCUCUUUUAAUCGAGCCCAAGUCCGACCAAAUUUUCCCUUUUCUCACAAAAGUUAUUUCCACUAAUCAGCUUGUGGCUAAAGAUGACGAUCCUCUUUGGGUUGAAGAUAAGGAUCUCAAUACGGAAUGCCAGGCUAAAGUUUUAGCUUUGAAAAUCUACGUCAAAAGACUGAUGUAUGCUCUUUCUGACAUGUCGACAAUCGAGUCUUUUUCCAAGUUGGUGUUUACUCUACUUGCCUCUACCAUUGUUAACAUUGGAGAGUUGGUUCGGGUCGAGCACAGCGCGACACCGGAGUUUUACAAGUCACGAAUGCGUUUGGAGGCUGGCAUACAGUUCCUCGAGCUUGCUACAGGCCCUGAUAUUCGAAAGCUUAUCAAAACCAAGGAGGUUACCAAGCUUGCUUUCCUCGUUCAAGACUCUGUAUUGGAGGUCCGCAAAAGGUUUUUACACAGUUUAAUGAACUACUGGUCGACAAGAUCAAUAUCUAACAGAUUUCUUCCACUGAUAUUUAUGGCAGCAUUUGAGCGAAACCGUGACUUAAACCACUAUGUUAGCACUUGGAUUCGUUCUCGGGCAGAGGUCAAUGAGCGUCGUGCUCUUGCAGAUCCAAAGAACAACGACCCGGAGCUUAUUGCUUUUGAACUAUGCCUGCCCUCUCUGAUACAUAUGGUUGUACACUACCACGGGAACUUGGAAGAGUCUGGCGAUGAAACACUAGACUCGUUAGCUGCUACUGCUAUUGCAGCUUCUGAAAAUACUGAAAAGAAGACUUCAGAGACUCACAAAGUUUUGCCGCCAAUUUUACGGCGAAUUUCCAUUUAUCUGUUAUUUUACUUGACCAAUGUUGCAACCGAGUCUAACAUCUCUCUUAUUUAUUACGUUUCUCAACGCGUUAAGAAUUUCCAAGAUAACGUUGACGAAUCAAAGUCAUCUCAGCUUUACUUGGUUUCCGACAUGGCUCAGCUCAUAAUUAAAAAGUUUCAAGAGUUUCGUGGAUGGCAACUCAGUUCAUGGCCUGGAUCAAUCCGUUUACCCUCUGAUAUCUUUAAACAAGCACCAUGGGAGACUGUCGGAAAGAAGGUUUCUCAAACUUCUUACCUACUGCCAAUAUACACAAAGAGUCUUGAAGACUUUGUACGGAAAAAGCUUUUCAAGCUGCGAAAGCAAAAUGGCGAAUACUUUGGUGGUCCCGAGGCUGAUGCACUGCUAGACGACGAUGUUGAGGAGAAUGAAGGUGCUGCUGAGGCUGGAGAGAAGACAAAUGGUACCAAGUCAAGAAAGAGGAGUGGUGCUGGAGAACCUUCUGCUUCAAAAAGACGAAAAACUAGUGGUGCAACACGACAAACCAAGUUGACCAUGUAUGGAAAGAAAAGGAAGGCAAGGAAUGGGCGUAUUGAUGAUGACGACGACGAGGAUAUCGAGGAAACUAAAGCGAGACGGAGCUCAGCUGCAAACAAGCCCAGAAACAAACUCUUUGAGCCAAAGCGACGAAGUAACCGACUAGCAGCUGCUUCGGUAAAGGAUACUUCGUUAAAGGAGGCAAGUUCUUCUGAUGAUUUUGAAGAUUAUCUGAGCGAAGAGGAAGAGCUGGAAUCUGACGAAGAACAGGAAGAAGAGGAGACUAAAGAAGAAAAAGAGGAAGAAAAAGAAGAUGAGCAGGAGGAGGACGAAGAUGAAGAAGAAGAGGAAGAAAAAGAAGAGAUACCAAAGCCAAAUCUGCAGCCGAAGCCAAAGCCAAAGCAACAGAAGCAACCUAAGCAACUGGCGCAAUCGAAACAACCUAGACAAACCAGAUUGCGAAGACAAUUAAGGAAAAAGGAAGAAGAGGAAGACCAUGAGUCAGAAGAACUAGAAGAGGAGCCUGAAGAAGCUCUUAGCAAAAAGACGCGUAAUGGUCGGACAGCUCCAAAGAGGGCUUCUACUACUUCUACUACUACUACAACUACUACUACUGCUAGCUCUUCUAAGAAGACCAAGGCUGUCGCAAAACCCACAAACACAAGAGCCAAAAGGAAAUCCAUCCCUAAGAAGAAGGAAGAGAAGGUUGUUGAGGAGAAGGAAAAUAUUUUAAUUGAUGAUGAUGACGAAAUUGGCUCACUAUCAGAAUUAUCUUAUGACUCUGAUCUUGCAGCAGAGGCAGACUUCCUACUCUAA